UCCGGACUAGUGAAAGAGACUACCAAGAAGGAAAUAAAAAUAGCUCAAGAGUGAAAACCAGGAACAAUGCACAACCCAAACGAAAACCUAGAAAACGCUGUGGACGCUAGAGCGAAGCAAAAACAAUUCUAGACGACCGUGACGAGUUCGAGAGUAACAGUAUUCGGAAUGACUAAAACGAGUAAAAGACAACAAUCUUGUAGUAGUAAAAUCAGAAUAAAUAAGAAAAACAACAGACUAGUAUAAAACUGAAAAGCAAAGAAAAAUUCUGGGGUCCUAGCUCUUUCUUAACGGCUAGCUCGUGUUGUAUCACUACAGUCAUAAAAUUCCAUUGCCUAACCAACUUCCCAUCCAGGCAGCAGCCAUUUCUUACAGACUCUACAUCGAUUUCAAAUCGUCAACUUCGGUUUCUUUUGCGGGGGAUAAGGCUGCCGGAUAGUACUUAUUCAUCUUGUUAGUAGAAUGGGGAAGUCAAACAAGAAAGCUAAUGCCGAGGUUGCUCUGUCUGUUCCAACUGCGGCAUCAAAGAAGGGGAAGAAAGGUAAGAGAGAGCUAGAUGCUGAACUUGUAGGACAACUGCCCCUGAAGAAAUCAAAAUUGUCAAACAAAGUUCCUCCUAAGAAGAAACCUGAGACAUCUUCAUCUGAGGAUAGCGAUUCUCAGUCUGAAGAAGAGGAUAUUAUUUAUGCAGAUUUUGAGUUCUUUGAUCCCAAACAAGAUGAUUUCCAUGGGGUCAAGAAUCUACUGAAGACAUACUGUGAUGGGAUUGAGUGGGAUUUAAGUGGUUUUGUUGACAUGAUUUUGGCUCAGACAACGGUUGGCACUGUUAUCAAGACAGAUGAUGAUAGCCUCUUUGGUGUUAUCACGGCUUUUAACAUAGCAAGAUAUAAGGAUCGACGCUGCAUUAUGGAGCUUUGGAAAUUUCUUCUUCAUAAAUCUCUUAAAGAGGCCAAUACUGUUAAGCUUAAAGCAUUUUGGGAAAAUAAUCCUCAUGAUGUGGGUCUUUUGGUCUCUGAACGCGUAGUUAAUCUUCCUAUCGAGCUUGUACCACCACUUUAUGAUGCCCUUUUUGAUGAAGUAUCAUGGGCUACUGAAGAUGAGCCAACACAAGCAUUGAGAGAAUCCUUCCAAUUCAAGCAUUAUCUACUUAUCACGAAAGUAUAUCAGACUCUGCAAGAUAUACAAGGGAAAUGCAAAGAAACAAAAAUAGAAAUCAAAAGGAGAAAAAAGGGAAGCUCACAGAAUGGGGAUGGUAAAGAACAAUACAAUGGGCAACUUAUAUAUAUUAAACCUGAGGAUGAAAUUUUCCAUCAGCUAAGUUCUUGGUCUUUCACUUUUCCUGUUCAUGCAGAGUAUCAAGCUGCACACGAGUUUGAAAAUCUGAAGACAAUGCAACUUGUUAUGGCUGUGAAGGCGGAGAAGAUUCAAACAUUUCGAACUCAACUGAAAGCUCUUGUGGAUGAAUCUCAAGUGGUGGAGUAGUCUUUUCUGGCAGGGGAUAAUUGCUUGGCUUUGGAGGCUGCCUACACUCAGCUUAAGAAUUGUGUGUUAUGCAAUUUGUCGGCAUUAUUUGAGAUGCAGGGAAUCCAAUAGGUCUGUGGCUUUGCAUGUGUUGGGGAGACUCGCCACCCAAUAUUUUAGAUUUGAGCAUGAUCUAGUGAAUGCUAAUACAUUGGUAACUUCACAAGCAGGCACAACUUCGAUAUGCAGGGCACGUUGUAAACAGUCUUAAUGGAUGUGGUUUAACAUGUGAAUGCAGCAGGAAAAUGAAACCGAUCAGUAACACUUCAUUAGCAUGGAAAACCUUUGAAGGUUUUAUUUUGGUUGAGUCUGAAGGAGCAUGUUUCCUGCCCAAAUCAAAGAAAUAAAAUUUCUAGACUACUUGUAACAGCUAUAAACCUGAUUAUAAAUCCCAUUAGAUCAUUUUUUAA